AUGACGGGCAUUCUUAUACGUGUCCUGAGAUGCCAAACUAUUCUGAAGAGUCCACAGGAUAUUCAGGUCUAUAUUGUAAAUACAAAUUUCACUCUAAGGUGGAACUACACUGGGAAUGAUACCAACGUGACAUUUUCAGCAGAAUACCGGUGGUCUGAAGAUUCUAAUAUAAAUGAAACAGAAUGGGAGGAGUUGCCUGGGUGUCAGAAUGUUACUGGCAUGAAAUGUGACUUUUCCUCAGCAAUAACUGAAUACUAUGAUACACAUCAUGUGCGUAUAAGGGCAGAAAGAAGGGAAGAAGUGUCUCCAUGGUCUAGCGUUUUUGAAAUGAUUCCAUAUUUUAUAGCUGAGAUUGGCCCUCCGGGAAUAGAGCUGCAGUCCACAAAUGGAGUCAUAAAAGUUAAGGUUUCUCCUCCAGAAGCAAAUCAGGUCAAAAAAAUGUGGCUUCCUGAUGUAGCUUUUAAAUAUAAUGUAGUUAUCUGGGAAAAUUCAUCAAAUGCAGAGCCCAGAAGUCAAAGUAUUUUACCUAAUGGCAUAAUUGAUGAUCUUGCACCAGACACUACCUAUUGUUUGAAAGUUCAAGCAACUCUUGCUUUGGAAUCACAAGAAGGCUUAUUCAGCCCUGUUCAUUGUGUAAAAACUACCCGUAAAGUGAAUGACCUAUUCUGUGCAACAAAUGUGAGUGUUCUUGCUUUGAAUCUGAAAUUUCAUCUGCAUUGGAAUAAUCAGUAUAAACUGCACGUGACCUACAAUGUGCAGUCUCUAAUUGGGUAUCUGAAGAAACUUCAUGAUGACUACUCGAUGAAGUGGGUCAAUGUACCUGGAUGUGAAAACAUCACUGAUACACAAUGCAAUUUCUCAUCUAUCAUAACUACUACUUCUGGAUUUUAUUAUCUCCGUGUACAGGCCAUGAGUGAAUAUAAUAAAACAUGUUUCUCCAAUGAAGUAAAAAUAGAUCCUCUGAUAAUAAAUGAAAUUGGCCCUCCUGGUGUAAAGGUGGACGUCAGUGAUGUGUUGCUCCAUAUCCAGAUUUUUCCUCCAGGAGGACCAGAGAGUGAAGCAAUGAGGAACCAUUAUGACUUGUCUUACCGGAUUCUGUAUUGGAAUUAUUCCUCAAAUAAUGAGAAGGAAAUCAAAAUAAAAGAGAUCAAGCAGACAAUAGGGACAAUCUCUGGUCUAACACCCUCAACUUUGUACUGUGUGAAAGUACAAGCAUUCUCAGAAGUUUACAACAAAAGCAGUCAUUUCAGCGAAGAGGAAUGCAUCAAAACACGUGGAGGUAACUUUUUACUUUGGACAAUUUUUGCAAGAUUUGUAUAUGCCCUGAUUUCCUUGGCUGUGGUUACACUGCUUGUUUUUGUCGUGUAUCGAUGCUGCAUUAAAAUAAAAUAUGUGUUCUUUCCAUCAUGUCAGCCUCCUGUGAACAUAGAGGGUUUUGGAAAACAGGUCUUAAGCCAUCCUUUUCUCUCAACUAAAGAAGAACCAGUAGAAAACUAUUGUAUAAUUGACGCCAUCUUAGAAGAAGUGAAUCAAGUGGAUUUUAAAGACUACAAACAUUCUAAACAGAGCAGUAGAGAUUCAGGGAAUUAUUCAAAUGAUGGCGAUACUUCAGGGAGCAAAGUGUCAGAAGAAUCGUUAGAAAAGCAAAUAGCAUAA